AACCCAAACCCCGUCUUCCUUUCUCUUUUUUUUCACUUCACUGCUGCUCCCCAGUCCCACCCCUUAUCUCUUCACUCUACUACUUUCUUUGUUUCUGAGAAAACAAAGAAAGAAAGAAUGCAUUCCUUCGCCGCUCCAACAACCCAUCUUCAUUCCACAACCCCAGCUCUUUCUUCCCGACGGCGCAAAUUGCCUUCUCCUUCUCCUUCUCCUUCUCACUCCUCCUCAAAACGCACCGUUCAAUGUCACGUUUCCCCUUCCUCUUCUCAAAACCCUAAUAAUACUAAACCCCUCAAAUCCUCUUCUCCCUUCAAACCCCUCUUCAAAACCCUCGCCGCCACCUCCGCCGCCACUCUCCUCUUCCACCUCCGCUCCCUCCCCUCCCCCUUCUCCUCUUCCUCCGGAGGUGGUGGUGGUGGCUCCAACGGCGGUAACGGUGGUAGAUUUGGAGGCAACGGCGGCGACGGGAGCGGAAGCGAUGGUUUCAACGAUUUCUGGAACAAACUCCUCUCUCCGGCGACAGCCAACGCCGACGAGCCCCAAAACCAGGACUGGGACGCCCAUGGCCUUCCCGCCAACAUCGUCGUCCAGCUCAACAAGCUCAGCGGCUUCAAGAAGUACAAAGUCUCCGAGAUCCUCUUCUUCGAUCGCCGCCGCUACACCACCGUGGGAACCGACGACUCUUUCUUCGAAAUGGUCUCUCUCCGGCCAGGCGGUACCUACACGAAAUCGCAGCUCCAGAAAGAGCUCGAAACCCUAGCCACUUGCGGAAUGUUCGAGAAAGUCGACAUGGAAGGGAAAACCAAUCCGGACGGCACGAUUGCCGUCACCAUUUCCUUCGCCGAGAGCACUUGGCAAUCGGCCGAUAGGUUCCGGUGCAUCAAUGUCGGUCUAAUGCCGCAAUCGAAGCCGAUAGAGAUGGACGCCGAUAUGACCGAUAAGGAGAAGCUAGAGUACUAUAGGAGUUUGGAGAAGGAUUACAAGAGGAGGAUCGAGAGGGCGAGGCCGUGUUUGUUGUCGCCGCCGGUGCAUAGAGAGAUAAUGCAGAUGUUGAGGGAUCAAGGGAAAGUGAGUGCAAGGCUUUUGCAGAGGAUAAGGGACCGGGUUCAGAAGUGGUACUAUGAUGAAGGGUAUGCAUGUGCUCAGGUUGUGAAUUUUGGGAAUUUGAAUACCAAGGAGGUGGUUUGUGAGGUGGUGGAAGGUGACAUUACUCAGAGUAAUAUUCAGUUCUUGGAUAAGCUUGGAAAUGUUGUUGAAGGGAACACCCAGGUUGCUGUGGUGAAAAGAGAAAUGCCCAGACAGCUUCGACCGGGCCAAGUUUUUAACAUUGAGGCAGGGAAGCAAGCUCUAAGGAACAUUAAUUCUCUAGGUCUGUUUUCAAACAUUGAGGUGAACCCACGGCCUGAUGAGAAGAAUGAGGGAGGUAUAAUUGUUGAGAUAAAGCUUAAAGAACUAGAACAGAAGAGUGCUGAAGUUGCUACAGAAUGGAGUAUUGUUCCUGGACGUGGAGGGCGUCCCACUCUGGCUUCAUUACAGCCUGGUGGAACUAUUACUUUUGAACACCGGAAUCUCAGUGGGCUAAACAGAUCCAUUAUGGGUUCAGUGACUACCAGCAACUUCCUGAAUCCUCAGGAUGAUCUUGCUUUCAAACUUGAGUAUGCACAUCCUUAUUUGGAUGGCGUGUAUAAUCCACGCAACCGUACUCUACGAGUGAGCUGCUUCAAUAGCCGGAAACUGAGUCCGGUCUUCACUGGUGGGCCAGGGGUGGAUGAAGUCCCCCCUAUAUGGGUUGAUCGAGCUGGAGUUAAGACUAAUAUUACAGAGAAUUUCACCCGGCAGAGCAAAUUCACUUAUGGACUUGUAAUGGAAGAGAUAACAACACGUGAUGAAAGCAGUCAUAUCUGUCCAAAUGGCCAAAGAGUGCUGCCCAGUGGAGGAAUUAGUGCAGACGGACCUCCCACAACCCUCAGUGGUACUGGCAUUGACCGAAUGGCUUUUUUACAAGCAAACAUUACACGCGAUAACACCAAGUUCUUAAAUGGAGCUAUAGUUGGGUCAAGGAAUGUAUUUCAGGUAGACCAAGGCCUCGGCAUUGGCAGCAAGUUUCCGUUCUUCAACCGCCACCAGCUAACAUUGACACGAUUUUUCCCGUUGAAGGAAGUGGAAGAAGGUGCUAGUAAUCCCCCACCACCUGUCCUUGUCCUUCAUGGCCAUUAUGGUGGCUGUGUUGGAGACCUUCCAAGUUAUGAUGCUUUUACCCUUGGAGGUCCCUAUUCUGUGAGGGGUUACAACAUGGGUGAGAUAGGCGCUGCCAGAAACAUCCUUGAGCUUGCAGCAGAGCUACGGAUACCCAUAAAAGGUACACAUGUGUAUGCAUUUGCAGAACAUGGCAAUGAUCUGGGAAGUUCAAAGGAUGUCAAGGGAAACCCAACAGAAGUCUACAGACGGCUGGGUCAUGGGUCUUCAUAUGGUGCUGGUAUAAAGCUAGGUCUAGUCCGAGCUGAGUAUGCUGUUGAUCAUAACUCCGGCACUGGUGCAUUGUUCUUCCGAUUUGGGGAGAGGUUCUGAGAUGCAAUUGGUUUCAAUUUUUUCCCCUGAUUACAUUAUGGUCGUUAGGUUUUGGGAUAAUUUGGAGUUGUACGUUAGCAGAGGCUUUUUAAGAUGCUUGAAACUAAUAUAUAUGAUUCAAUUAGAGUGGAAGUAUGUAUUUUUGUUUUUGUUUUUGUUUUGAUUUUUAUUAUUUUUGGUGACUGAUUUUGAUGAACUAUAUCUGGUUCUCAAAGAACUAAGAGUUGUGAGAAGAUCAACAUGCUGGAUGGUAUAGAUGAGUGCUUAAUAAAUAUUCUUAUUUUACUGCA